UAUCAUUCAGUAGUUUCUCACAUUUCUUCUACCUUUGUUUUUCCAUUUAAACAUUUAGACCUUUUCCAUUUAAACAUUUUAGAAACGUUUCCUAAAGCAUUUUUUGAAUUUAAGAUACAUGAAGGACAGACAAGUUGUAUUCUGAGAAUUUUGAGAACAUAUGACAGAAAACUUUCUCACUAGUAGGCCAAUAGUUUCACCAUCUUUGAAAUCUUUUUUUAAGUCUCUAGUAAGGAAGUAUUGUACGUUAGAUUCUAGAUUAAUGUAGAGCAAGAUCACAUUUUUUAACUUUAGUAGUUUAACUUUUUACUAGUAACUUGUAGACAUGGCUUAGACCCCAAGUUCUACACAGAAAGACAGAAAUUUAAAAUAAUGAAAACGCAAACAUAUGUUUUUGGAGUUGACAUCUGUUUAAUCAAGUACAUUUUCUCCUUUCUCUAAAGCUUCUUACACUUGAGGUCUUGUUUAGGCACUCUGUAAAAAACAAAUUCAUAUCCAAUUCUGCUAUUCUAUAUUUAUUAAAGAAAAUGUAAAUACAAAAAUUUAUUACUUAUGAAACAAUCACACAAGACUUAGAUUUCACAGGCUCCCAAAUGCUGAAUCAGACACAGUAAACGUGAAAAGAUUCUGUUUACUGAAAAGUGCAAAAGUACUGUCAAACUGUAACUCUUCUUUUCUUUUGAUUAUAUUGAAAUCAGGUUGUCUGAUUAAUUUUACAAAUUAAAAGAUUUGGUAUUUGCUCUUAGAUAGUUUUCACUCUCCUGUUACCCACACAACCAUGUAGACUGUCACGCCUAUUUUCAUUGUAUUUCAAAGGUUUUCUUUCUGUUUUUUUAAGCGAGCGCAGGGUAGGGCGGAAAGUUGCUGAAUUUUUCGUUUCUAGCUACAGGGAUGAAUAAAACACAUUUACAGUGCGGAAGGGUCUGAAGGCCUGCAAACAACUCCAUCGGAAUUCUCGGCGAGGACGGUCGCGGAUAGGAGCUCGGUCUCCGGGAAGAAGGCAGGGUGAGACCGGGUCCGAAGUGGCGCGGGUCCAUUGCGUGUCCGGUCGAAAACAGCGAUCCCGAGCGGGCUUUACGGCCGAGGCAGCGGCAGCGGCGCGUGUGCGGCGGCUACGGGCGGAAACGCGGAGGAGGAAAGAACGUUGUCACCACAGACUUCGGCUGGUCGCCGGAGACCCCUCUCUUGCGAGGCCGGCGAGCUUCCCGUUCGCGGUGGCCUGAGCGCAGGCGACACUAGGCGCACGGAGACCCACCGGCGGAGGAGGGGGCCUAUCUACCCUUCCGCAUUUUCGUGGGUCUCUCUCCCGGGCAAUGACGUGACGUGCUGACGGCGAGUCCGUGCCGGAGCGCUGGGCCGCUUUUUGUCAGCUUCGAGGUCGGCCCCUCCUCCCUCCCUCCUCCCGCCCCACCAGCCGGAGCCCGGCCCAGUGCUCCAGAGAAAGACCGGCCUGCAGCACCCACCACCGUCGCCGACGGGCCGAGUUCGGGUCUGGUGAGUCUGGGGCGCCGCCGCGGCCGCGGGUCCUAACACGAGUGGGGCGGCCUAGCUGGAGGCCCGCGAGGCGCCCUUACACGCACUAGGCCGGGCGAUGUAGCACACGGCGGCCAGCAGGCCUCGUGCAGGCCGCAGGUAGGCCCCAGAGGAGUCCGGCUGCCCAGAGCGACUGAGGACUCCGUUAUCGGGCGGGGGCUGGUGGAGCCUCGCAUGGUGGCCCAGAAGGCGACUGGAGGUUUCCCGGUCGGCGCCGCGUCUGGCUUGGGGCACGGCGCCGAGGCGAAGCCUGGCAAGGAGGCGAAGGCUGCAGGCGUGAGCAAAAACAAUAAAUUCUAAAGAAGCUUCAUCUAAUGGCGUUGUGGAAGGUGGAUUAGAAAGUGAGAAAAUGGAGAUAGGAAAACCACUUAGGAGGUUUGUGUGACUACUGGCAACACAAGUAAAUCAGAACCCCUGAUAAAGUUCUCCUUUCUGCUCCCUGUAUCUACUUACUUUAUUAGGAGCUGUAACUAAUGAGAAUCAAAGGCCAUGGAUGAAGAUGAACUUGAAUUGCGACAACAGGAGCCAGACUCAUUUUUUGACGGAAUAGGAACUGAUGCUACGCACAUGGAUGGUGAUCAAAUUGUUGUGGAAGUUCAAGAAACUGUUUUUGUUUCAGAUGUUGUGGAUUCAGAUAUAACUGUACAUAACUUUGCUCCUGAUGGCCCAGACUCAGUUGUAAUCCAAGAUGUUAUUGAGGAUGUUGUUAUUGAGGAUGUUCAGUGCUCAGAUAUCUUAGAAGAAGCAGAUGUAUCUGAAAAUGUCAUCAUUCCUGAGCAAGUCUUGGACUCAGAUGUAACCGAAGAAGUUUCUUUAGCACAUUGCACAGUCCCAGAUGAUGUUUUAGCUUCCGAUAUUACUUCAGCAUCAAUGUCUAUGCCAGAACACGUCUUGACGAGUGAAUCUAUACAUGUGUCUGAUGUUGGACAUGUUGAACAUAUUGUUCACGAUAGUGUAGUAGAAGCAGAAAUCGUCACUGAUCCUCUGACAACUGAUGUAGUUUCAGAAGAAGUAUUGGUAGCAGAUUGUGCCUCUGAAGCAGUCAUAGAUGCCAAUGGAAUCCCUGUGGAGCAGCAAGAUGACAAAAGCAACUGUGAGGACUACCUUAUGAUUUCCUUGGAUGAUGCUGGCAAAAUAGAACAGGAUGGUUCGUCUGGAAUGACCAUGGAUACAGAGUUGGAAAUUGAUCCUUGUAAAGUGGAUGGCACUUGCCCUGAAGUCAUCAAGGUGUACAUUUUUAAAGCUGACCCUGGAGAGGAUGACUUGGGUGGUACUGUAGAUAUCGUGGAGAGUGAGCCUGAGAAUGAUCAUGAAGUUGAACUACUUGAUCAGAAUAACAGUAUUCGUGUGCCAAGGGAAAAGAUGGUUUAUAUGACUGUCAAUGACUCUCAGCAAGAAGAUGAAGAUUUAAAUGUUGCCGAAAUUGCUGAUGAGGUUUAUAUGGAAGUGAUUGUAGGAGAGGAGGAUGCUGCUGUUGCAGCCGCAGCAGCUGCUGCUGUGCAUGAACAGCAAAUGGAUGACAGUGAAAUCAAAACCUUCAUGCCAAUAGCAUGGGCAGCAGCUUAUGGUAAUAAUUCUGAUGGAAUUGAAAACCGGAAUGGCACUGCAAGUGCCCUCUUGCACAUAGAUGAGUCUGCUGGGCUCGGCAGACUGGCUAAACAAAAACCAAAGAAAAGGAGACGACCUGAUUCCAGACAGUACCAAACAGCUAUAAUUAUUGGCCCUGAUGGACAUCCCUUGACUGUCUAUCCUUGCAUGAUUUGUGGGAAAAAGUUUAAGUCAAGAGGUUUUUUAAAAAGGCACAUGAAAAACCAUCCUGAGCACCUUACCAAGAAGAAAUACCACUGUACUGACUGUGACUACACUACCAACAAGAAGAUAAGUUUACACAACCACCUGGAGAGCCACAAGCUGACCAGUAAGGCAGAGAAGGCUAUCGAAUGUGAUGAGUGUGGGAAACAUUUCUCUCAUGCUGGGGCUUUGUUUACUCACAAAAUGGUGCAUAAGGAGAAGGGAGCCAACAAAAUGCACAGGUGUAAAUUCUGUGAAUAUGAGACAGCUGAACAAGGGUUAUUGAAUCGCCACCUUUUGGCAGUUCACAGCAAGAACUUUCCUCAUAUUUGUGUAGAAUGUGGUAAAGGUUUUCGUCACCCAUCGGAGCUCAAAAAGCACAUGCGAAUCCAUACUGGGGAGAAGCCAUACCAUUGUCAGUACUGUGAAUAUAGGUCUGCAGACUCUUCUAACUUGAAAACGCACGUAAAAACUAAGCAUAGCAAAGAGAUGCCGUUCAAGUGUGACAUCUGUCUUCUGACUUUCUCAGAUACCAAAGAGGUGCAGCAACAUGGUCUUAUCCACCAAGAAAGCAAAACACACCAGUGUUUGCAUUGUGACCACAAGAGUUCAAACUCAAGCGAUUUGAAACGACACAUAAUUUCAGUUCACACAAAGGACUACCCCCAUAAGUGUGAAAUGUGUGAUAAAGGCUUUCAUAGGCCUUCAGAACUCAAGAAACAUGUGGCUGCCCACAAGGGUAAAAAAAUGCACCAGUGUAGACAUUGUGACUUCAAGAUUGCAGAUCCAUUUGUUUUAAGUCGCCAUAUUCUCUCAGUUCACACAAAAGAUCUUCCAUUUCGGUGUAAGAGGUGUAGAAAGGGAUUUAGGCAACAGACUGAGCUUAAAAAGCAUAUGAAGACACACAGUGGCCGGAAAGUAUAUCAGUGUGAGUACUGUGAGUAUAGCACUACAGAUGCCUCAGGCUUUAAACGGCACGUUAUUUCCAUUCAUACAAAAGACUAUCCUCACCGUUGUGAGUACUGUAAGAAAGGGUUCCGAAGACCUUCAGAAAAGAACCAGCACAUAAUGAGACAUCAUAAAGAAGUUGGCCUGCCCUAACAGUACUUUAUUCAAUAGGCGUUUGUAGAAAUACUGGCCUCGAAGCAGGAAGUUUAUUUUAAAGCCAGUCCAUCUUGUUCACAUACAUACUGUACAUUGAUUUAUGCUGUGUACAAAUAGGAUUAUUGCUUCUAGUUGUCUUUUCUUUACAUUUUAUUCAGUAGGGUGUUCUGGAUGCUAUUCAGUUUGUUUAAUGAGGAAAAGUAGCAACAGUCAAGUUGCUUUAAUAAAAUAAUCUGUGAUUCUAUGCUGAAAACUUAGAAGUUUUACUAUUUGAAUAUUUACUUCAGUUAUCUUGAUGAUACUCUUCCAUGACCACUUAAAGAUAAAAAUACACAAGAUUGGUAACUCUAAAUAUAAUCAUUUAGACUCAUUUUUCCCCCACAAAUUUUUGACGUUAAGUAGAAAAAUCUGCUAAUAGAAAUGGGAGAUUUUACUAUUGGGUCUAAUUAUAAUGUGAAAGUCUUUCCCUUGUCUUGCUUGAUAUUUUCAGAUCACAUGACAGUGAACAACUUUCCGUUUGAGCCUCUAAUUGCUGAAUAUAGAACAUUAGUUGGAUUUGUGUUUUAUUUUCGUUUUGUUUUAGAAGGCAAAGUAUGCUGCUUUUGACUUUCUCUGUAGUGUUUACACCUUUUGUCAGCAUAGCUCACUUUCAGAAAGUCUUAUUGAAAAUUCCUGUUUUUAAUUCUUCUGUCUAUACUACUUUGUUUUGGAAUAGUUGUAUUCUAGAAUUGACACCUAUUGUGAACUGAGUUUGGAAUCUUUUAGAGAUAAGUUGUGGCUCAUUGGAUUUUUUGCCACUGGAUUUGUAAGUGUACCCUAUGUUUUAUAUGUGCCUGCGCGGCUCAUUUUACAUUUUGAAACACACCAUCCCAAAUAAGUCUAUAAUGAAAAGUAUUAAAUGUACAAUAAACUGAAAGAUCCAAGGAUAUAUGAAACCAUUUUGCAAACUUGCUUAUUGAAACAGAUUGAAAUUCAGGUCAAGAAUUAUAAUGAAAAUAAGGACACUAGUAUUUUUAAAGUUUAAGUAAAGGUAUUUUCUAAGUAUCUUUGGUAAUUGGGAAAGAGAAGUUGAGAUAUUUCUAAAUAGAAUGUUUUUGUAGAAUUCCAGCUUCAUACCCUUAAAUUUUGCUGAGAAGUUACUAAGUAUCCAGAUAUAAAUCUCUCAGUUCUCACUGAGAAAUCUGUAAAGAAACUAUCUUCUCACAAAGUAAGGAAGACUAAGAGGAAGCAAUGGCUCCAUGUACCAGAGAAUAGGUGUUAAUUAAACUUGGCAAAUUCAUCCUGCUUUUUUUCUUUCUUAGACAGUUAGCAAACUUGAAAAAGAUUUAACACUCAACUUGGCUUUGAUUGGAAGAUAGAAGUGUAUUUAAAGUACAUAAUGAAAAUGUGAGGCUUUAUUUGGAAUAUCACCAAGUCUUUCACAGUUUCGCAUUUUGUUUGAGGUUGACAUAUUAGCAGUCAGUGAGUUAAGUUGAGCAGUCAGUGAGUCAUAAACAGUUUUAAAAUGAAGUCAAACAGUUAAUUAGAAUUUGGUUUUGUUAAUAUGAAUUUUGGAGAAGAGAAGACAUUUUUAGGUUACUAAAUUGGGUAUUGGCACAUAUGUACUGGCACAUUGUAGGAGAGUAGUUUUUCUUCCACCUUGAAACUUCAUUAUGGUGCUUCCUUCUACACUUGCUCUAAAGUUUUUACCUUUUGCCUUUUUCUGUGCCACUAGUAUUCAUGUUCAGAAGUUAUGUUUAUAGGUUUAGAAAUAAACAUUUGGGGUUUUUGACAGCUUCUGAAUGGUAAGAUUAAUUUAGUCUAGUUCAAAAUUGAGUGCUGUAGGCACAUAGCAAUUUAAACAUAAUGUCAACCAAAGCCACACAAUGGAUUUUGGAACCUCUUAUGCCUUCUUGGCCCCCUUAUAUAUUCCCACCUCUUUUUCAGGGUCCAUUUAUUCUGUUCUUGAAAACUCUUAUUUUGUGUAUGAGAAUCUUUUAAAUCUCCCUUGAGUUUGCUUUUUCCCUGAAGUCAUAUAAAAGGAAAUGUUUAAAUGAAAAUUUGAAUUUAAGAAUUUUAAAACAUUUGUAAAAUUAAUGCAAAAUUAAUAGCUAUUUAAUAAUAUUUUAAAAGUAAACUGAAAGAUAAAGAACACAACACUUCGCAUACAUUAUUUUUCUCACAGUCUUAAGUCAUACACAUUUAUUUUGUUUUUUAAGCACAGUACUGAAACCUUGUAAGGUAAUUAAUAAUUUGGUGAAGUAAAUAUGAUAAAAUAUUUGUCUUUAUAAAGAAAAAAUGAAAUCGUACUUACUGUUAUAUACUGAUAUUAGUUGCAGGUUGUUUUAAUUUGUAAAACAAUUUAAUUAGCAAAGCUAAAAAAGUGAAUGUUUCAGUUUAAUGUUUAUAAAGAGGUACAGAUUUUUACAGGAACAUAAGUUAUUGUUUUGUUGAAAUAGCCUAUUAAAUAUUGUAUGUCCCUUCCUCUGUACACAUUGUAAAAUACUUAAAAGUAAAAAACUUAAUGAGAAUUUCAUAUGGAAAAAUGUGAUACUAUUGUAAAUGUGUACUUGAGAAUAACAUGCAAAAAAUAAAAAUCAAAAUAUUUUCCUGUUAA